UCAAAAUCGGAAAUUAAAGCAAUGGCCGAUAUUGUAAUAGAUGUGCGAGCUUAUAGCAAAAUGCUUUUGCAUGCUAUGAAAUAUCCUCACCAUUCCGUGAAUGGUGUGUUUUUAGCAGAAAAGAGGAGAAAUAAAGAGCAUGGUGGAGGUAGUGUGAAUAUCAUUGAUUCCAUUCCACUCUUCCACCUGUGUUUGAGUUUAACACCAAUGUUGGAAGUUGCCAUGAUGCAGAUUGACCAGUAUUGCAAAGAUCAUUCUCUUGUCAUUGCUGGCUAUUACCAAGCUAAUGAACACAUAAAGGAUAGCAACCCAGACUUUAUUGCUUAUCGAAUAGCUGAUAAGAUAUAUGAAAACUUUUCUGAUGCUUGCCUUGUUAUGGUUGAUAACCAGAAAAUGUCUUUAGACUGUGAUGAUUUAGCUUUUCAUCUGUAUCAAUUCAAUGAUGGAAAAUGGAGGCUCAAAGAUAAAAAUAGCAUUCAUUUUGAGCAAGGUCACAGAGCUUUAAGUGUAACAGCGGCUCUUCUGCACUCUAAAAUGUACAGAAAGUUGAGUGAUUUUGAUAAUCAUUUGGAUGAUAUAUCUCUAGAUUGGAGUAAUGUAAUUAUUAAUGAGGAAAUUGAUCGCUGCUUAUAGCAUUUUAUAGAAUUCCAUAUUAUUUAUAUUUACGAUUGAGAUAUUAUCUGCUGCAAAGUAUAAGUGUACAGUUUGUUUUGGGAGACAUUGGGACAAAUGUGUUUUUGUUGCUAGACAAAGUUGUGAUUACUGAGAUGAAACAAAAAAUAUUUCAUACUGUACCUAUUUAUUGUUAUGCAAAAUUCUCUUUAAAUUAAAAUACAACAUUGGAUUGUAAUUGUGAAAGUUUUAAAUGUUUGUUUUUGGAAAUGGGAAUCAAAUCUUUGUUAAUGUUGUGGGAAAAGUAGUAAACUUUAAGAAAUCAAAGUUUUAUUUAGAACAAAAGUAAAAUAAUGUUUGGUAUGUUUUCAUAUUUCAUUGUUAUAUACUUCUGUAUCAUUCAUCUAAGUGCAUUAUAAAAGCCAGUCAAGAAGUAAAUUGGAUUAUAAAUAUUCAUAAUGCUUUGAGAGUAACAAUUUUUCCUUCUAUAAUAUCUUCAGUGACAGUAAAGUCACAAGUCAUUCUAUCACUGUGAAGUAUAAUUAACUUAAUUUCUAUCAUUGUUUUGUAACAAAUUUUACUUUUGGGCGGCUAUACUUUUAUUUCAUAAUUUUUUUUUUUAAAUGAUAGGAUCAUUAUUACUGGCAUAGUGUUUGAUUUAUUGCAACUUACAGAAACAAAUUUCCUUAUGUAUUUUCAUUUGAAUUUUUAAUUGUUUUUUUUUAACUGCAGUUUCUAUAAUUUUUUAAUCAUUCAAUCACUUUCCAUUGAUUCUGUAAAGUACAACUUUCACUUCAUGAAUUUUGCAAAUGUUCUUUCAUCUUGGCUUAAAUCUGCAUAAUUUCAUGAAGUUGACAAUUCUGUUUUGUAAAUAUGUAAUAAAUUUUAGCCUUGUUAUUUAUAUUUUAUAUUAAUUUAUAAUAAUGUUAUAACUGAAUGAUACAAUUACCAUGAUUAGAUACAGAAGAACGAACUACUUGUACAAAUUUCAUUAAUAAACAUUUUCCUCUAUCAUGA